UAUGCACCAUCUGUUUGACAGGAAGCCAGUUGCAGCGACAGCAGAUGAGAUACCUCGCACACUCUUCCUUUCUGCGCAGAGAGAUCAUCCGUGGCAAUGCAUUGUUUGUCUUGAUAUAACCUCCUAAUAUAUGAACUAUUGUUUUUGCCAUUUGCAAACAUGGAACAGAGUUUUGCUGAUCUACUUUGUGAUGCAUUUUCAGAAACAUCUGUUCCAUCAUUCCCUGAUGGGGAUUUGGACUUUGAGGAUUUAAAUUUUGCUGACAAAUUUGAGGAAGACAAAACAGACAUCUUUCAACAAAACUUACCAACAAAGGAAGACGUUCCUCUGCACCAGGAAGCAACGGGUCAGACUGCAGUUUUGUCUAGCAAAGAAAAUAAAGAUAUAUACAUGGCUGAAAAUGUUGGCAAGGAGCAGUCUGAUGAUGAAAACCAUGAGGAGGAUUUUGAAAGUGCAGGGGUCAUGGGCAUGGACAUAACCCCGGAGGAGGAUUACACAAGCUCAGACGGGGAUUCUGAACAGGAUGGUUCUGUCUCUGGAGAAGGUGAAGAGGGUGAGGAAGAGGAUACGGGAACAGAAGAGGAACCUGGGGAUUUGUUGAUGUUGAUUUGCUGUGGCAACGAGCUCUGCAAUGGCAAUAAAGAGGACAGGAUCUUUGCUGAGGGACAACCUCUGGCCCCAGAAGGUGCUGAAAACCCUCAAGUUAGAAACGAGGAGCAAGGGGAGAGGGAGAGUGAUGAGGAGGUGUGCUAUUCUGAGAGAGUCCCUGAACGUGGCAGCGAGAUGACAAUGAAAGGUGACGGGAUUGAAGUGGAUGAGCAAGAAAGGGAAGAAGAAAAGCAAGCGGACUCGUCUGAUUCUGAAUGUGAGGGCAUGAAAAUCUUUGAGCUGGAGGCUGACCAUCCUUCCAGGGAUGGCCCAGCAAAAGCCGGUUUGGAGUUUCCAGAAAUAUCAAAUCAAAGUCAGCAGGAUCUUAUUGCUGAAUUUGAUAGUGGGGAGUAUGAAGAGAAAAUGAUGGAUUUCUCAGGGGAGGAGCACCAAGAGGCUGGUGAGAGCUUUGCAGAUUAUCCCUCAGACUUUUCUUCAUGUGAAUAUGUAGAAGACGGAGGCAAAAAUCAAGAAAGCAAAGACCAGUUGAACUCCUUGGCUUGUACGUCUGACAGCAGGUCAGUUGCAAAGUGGAACACCUGCCCGGAAAGAGCUGUGGCAGGCGUAACAUGGACGGGAAGAGCUGGGGACACUGACGAGGAGGGAGACGAGUACCUGUACAGCAGAGAUUUAGAGGUGGAUGCUGAUCGGUUCAGCAGCCUGCGCGUGGCAACUGGAGAAAUAGGCAGAGGGGAAAUAGACAUUGUUGAGCGUGUGUUGGGCGACGCAGUGCUGACAGGGAGUGAUGAUGGAGGCGAGACAGGUGAGAGUGAUUCCUACAGCUCCAGUGAGGAUGAGGUCCAAGUAAAGGGGAGCGAUGAGGAUCAUUUGAAUUCGUACGAUCAUAUUGAAAACAACAAGCAACCGAAGGAGACUCAGUUUCAUGGUGGGAGCAGUGCAGCGUUUGCCAGGUGGAGCAAAUCUGACGACUACAACAGAACAGAUACAGCAGAUUUCAACAUAAACUGGAAUCUAGACGUGUUAACGGCUGACACCCAUCUCUUUGAGGACCUGUUAACCACAGAGGACACAGACGAAGCUGAAACGCCGCUUUCAGAUGUGACUUGGCGUCCUGCAGAAGACGUCAACAGCUACUCAGCGGUAAAGAGAGGGGAUGCAAAAACCACAAGUCCGUCUAACCAGGGAUCCCUGGAUGAUAGCUUCUUCUUCACCACUGAAAUUGAAGCCUCUGGGACCACUGAGCUGGGACAGUUGGGAGACGACGAGGACGAAGAGGAGCGGAACUGGGAACAAGAGCAGGAGAGAAUCAACGCUUUCUUCAAGUUUUACGAUGACAGCAACGGAGAGACUGGAAGAGAAGGGAGGCAGAUAAAAGUUAAGUUUUGUGCAGAUCCAUUGUCUCAAGUCAUUCGCUAUGAAAAGGACAGCAGUGACAGAGAUUCACUCAGCAGCUCCACAGACGGGGAAGAGGACCUGAGCCCUGCAGACACAUCUGAGGAAUUGAGGGAGCCUGAAGACACCACGCAAAUAAAGCCGGCUUGUGAUCCCCCAAACACUCAGCCACCAGAGAAUGUGCCAGAUGUCAGCAACACACACAUUUGUGCCAGGAAACAUAAAUUUCUCAACAUGCUGAAGCUGAUACUGAAGAUGGGUGUGGUGAUAGUGAUGGGACUGCUGAUGUUCUGGUUGGUCACAGACCAAGUAGGCUGGUUCAACCAAAUGUCGUUCUUUUAGGGCAAAACCUACUUUUUGCUCCUUAAAACCUGCUUAAAGAUGAUAUAAAUAAAAAUCCAAAUUGACAAUA